AUGGGUGCGGCUUGCGCGGUGGUGAGUCGUGAAGCCGUUGCUAACGGUGGCGAUACCAUGACGAAUCCGAAACGGCAACACGCGCGCCUUGUCCGUCUUGCACGCACCAGCGGAACUUCUGUAAUUGAAGCCACUACCAUCGCCCACCGCCAUUGUGGCAUGCGCGACCGGCGACGUCCACGCGGUCCUGGCGGCGAUGCCUUCACCAAUCGUGCGCUCGCAACAGCGGCGAGAUGGAGCGGCGCCGCCGCGCGGAAUGAGGGUGAAUCGCGGGAUGCCAUCAUCGCCGAGCAUUCGCAGAAAAUAAAGGCGGAGCAGCGGCGCAUCAUGGGUGAGGACAAGGCGAUCUGGGACUGUCGCCCUUCUCUUUAUCACUGUGACGUGCGUCACACGAAAGCUCUGGAGGCGUCGGAACGGGAUGUGAAGCACCGCAACGGUCACACAAAAAGUGUCGUCCCUGGCGAGGCUGUGGAGGUGGCAGCGUUGCCGGAGGGCUGCAAAGGGCAGCACUGCCGGAAGACGGUUGGCCGCUCCGAGGCGUUCGGCGUUGUGCUCGGCUCCCACGGCGGCGUUGAGGGGUACAGCAACUGCUACGCCCACACCUGCAUCUCCUUGCUGGAGCACACGAUUGAGGUGCGCAUCCCGCGUCCUCGAUUUUCGCGGAUCCCAGCCGGCAAGCCAACCCGCACCAAGAGCCCCUCAACGGCACUAUCGCCCAGCGCAUGGCAACGGGCAUGA